AUGGACUCAGAAAAUAUCAUCUUUUAUGACAUUUCCCCUCGUCCCCCUGUGGAGAAGAAUGCUCACGCCCCAAACCCUUGGAAAAGCAGGCUUGCACUCAACUUCAAGGGCGUUCCAUACACAACAACAUGGGUAGCUAUGACCGACAUAGCAAAAACGCGCAUCGGCCUCAAUGUGCCAGCAGGACGCAAAUUUGCUGACGGUAAAGACUUUUAUACUUUGCCCAUCAUGCAAGACCCUACCACUGGUGCCGUGUUGGGGGACUCAUUUGACAUUGCGCUAUACCUCAACAAAACCUAUCCGGGCGGGGGUGAUUUGUUCCCAGCUCAAAAGCUUGACUUCGACUACGAGCAGCCUUAUAUCCUCAUACCUUUGUCUGAUUGCAGCAACAAGGAGUUUCCCGACUAUGCAAAGUUCAACAUGAACAUUGACGCUGCAUUCACUGCUCAUCUUCAGCUUGGGGUUCAGGGCAUGCCGUUCCACCCCGCUACAGAAGAGCAGACCAAGGCCGAGUUUGUGCGACGGGCCGGAGUUUCGGGAUGGGACGACUUUGCGCUUAGUGAUGAAGGGCGAGUCAAGUUACUAGAGUCUCUCAAGAACAUGUUGGGUGACCUGGCAGUGCUCUUUACAAGGGACAACAGCGGACCCUUCCUGCUUGGGUCACAAGUUACCUACGCGGACAUCAUUGUUGGCGCGUGGCUCCGGAUGAUGCAUGUAACUUUUCCGGAGGACGAGUGGCAGCAGGUUAUAUCUUGGCAUCAAGGCGUUUUCGGCAAACUGCACGAUGGAUUGGAGGUGUUCGCAGAAGUAAAAUAG